GGCCGGCAGAGGGAGUGACGAUGGUCUCGUACUAUGAUGAGAUUGAGAUCGAGGACAUGGUCUGGGACGACGACAGACGAGUCUACCACUACCCUUGUCCCUGCGGCGACCGAUUCGAGAUCUCAAAGAGACAACUCGCUGCUGCCGAGGAAGUAGCGACCUGUCCGUCUUGCUCGUUGCUCAUACGGGUCAUCUACGAUUAUAUGGACUAUGAAGACUACGAGAGCGAUGACGACGCAGGCACGCUCGUCGGUCAAGAGCAAACUGCUUCAGUGAAAGCGGCUGACAAGCACGACAACCUCACUGCAUCACUGCCUGCUAUUAUCGUCUGAAUGUCAGAGUCGAUCAGCAUCCGGAAAUUACAUAAGGUCCCGCCGAAAUAGCCUCUGUCAGCUUGGAGCACGAUCUCAGUAUCCAGCCUAGCAUCUAGCAGAAGAAUUGGGCAGCUCCGCAGGGCUCGCUCGACUGCA